UUCAUGGGUUUUUCUCUUUUGGGAAGUCUGAUAAGAGUUGUAAUUCUGCAUUCAUUGCACUUGUUCCCAAAAAGGUUGGUGUAAUGGAGGUGAAGGAUUUCCGUCCUAUUAAUCUUGUUAGUGGUAUGUACAAGAUAAUUUCAAAAUUUCUUGCUAAUAGGAUGAGCUUAGUCAUGGAUAGAAUCAUAUCUAAGUCCCAAAAUGCAUUUGUAAGGGGAAGACAAAUAUUGGAUUUAGUCCUUAUCACUAACGGAUGCUUGGACAACAGGAUUAAGUUAGGAGAUCUGGGUAUUUUGUGUAAAUUAGACAUAGAGAAGGCGUAUGAUCAUAUUAAUUGGGAAUUCCUAUUUUACUUGUUGAGGAGAUGUGGUUUUGGGGAGAGAUGGAGGUUGUGGAUUAGGCAUUGUGUGUCAACAGUUCAAUUCUCGGUUCUGGUGAAUAGUGACCCCAUGGGAUUCUUCAACAAUUCACGGGGGUUUGCGACAAGGCUAUCUAUUUUCACCCCUUUUAUUUGUUAUUGUCAUGGAGGCUCUUAGUAGAAUGUUGUCGGCUUCCGUUGAGGGUGGUUUUUUCUCAGGUUACUCAGUGGGGGAUACUAACCAUGGCUCUACCAUUAUUUCCCAUCUUUUGUUUGCAGAUGAUACGCUAUUAUUUUGUGAGGCAGACCAAGGUCAUAUCUAAUCUUUGAGGGCUAUCUUACUUUGCUUUGAAGUUGUCUCCAGUUGGUGAGAGAUGGAGGUUGUGGAUUAGGCAUUGUGUGCCAACAGUUCGAUUCUCGGUUUUGGUGAAUGGUGAACCCGUGGGAUUCUUCAACAGUUCGUGAGAAUUGCGACAAGACGAUCCAUUAUCACCUCUCUUAUUUGUUAUUGUCAUGGAGGCUCUUAGUAUAAUGUUGUCGACUUCAGUUGAGGGUGGUUUUUUCUCUGGUUACUAGAUUGGGGAUACUAACCAUGACUCUACCAUUAUUUUACAUCUUUUGUUUGCAGAUGAUACGCUGUUAUUUUGUGAGGCAAACCAAGGUCAUAUCCAAUCUUUGAGGGCUAUCUUACUUUGCUUUGAAGUUGUCUCCAGUUGUUGAGAGAUGGAGGUUGUGGAUUAGGCCAUUGUGUGCCAAUAGUCAAUUCUCGGUUUUGGUGAAUGGUGACCCUGUGGGAUUCUUCAAUAGUUCAUGGGAGUUGCAACAAGAUGAUCCAUUAUCACCUCUCUUAUUUGUUAUUGUCAUGGAGGCUCUUAGUAGAAUGUUGUCGACUUCAGUUGAGUGUGGUUUUUUCUCAGUGUCCACCGGCUUUGGAAGAGCAUGAAUCCCUGACAUCUCAUGCAGCCUCUACACUGAUAGAUGGAUUCCUGGUUGAUUUGGGUCUAGACGCAUCAACCCCUGACACUUAUCGACCGCCUCCUGCACCUUUGCCAUAUGAUUUGAUCUUGGGAUGUUCACGAUCUACAGAUUCUGACUCUGCUGGAGAAACAAUUAUCGGCAGUAGCUUUGGAACUUUGACUACAUGUGAAGAUCUUGAGGAAUCAGACUGUAAAGCUCAAGCCAAUUCUUUGAAUGUCUCGCCAAGAAAAGUAGAAGUUCCAAAUUUGAAUGAACUUAAUAUAUCUGUAGCAGAGGAAGAGGAUGAUUGUCCUAUUUGCCUUGAAGAGUAUGAUUCUGAGAAUCCAAAUACUAUAACGAGAUGUGAACACCACUUUCACCUGUCAUGCAUUCUUGAAUGGAUGGAAAGAAGUAAUGCCUGCCCUAUAUGUGAUCAGGAAAUGACUUUUGAUAAUACCUGUACUUAGUUUCUCUCAUUCUCUUUCAUGAUGGAAGCUUCUUUACCAUUUGCAACCAAAGGUUCCCAGCUCAGUGGCUAUAGAUGCGUAGCAAUCAUUUGUUUCAUAGCUGGUCAUUCAGUUAUGGCCCACAGAUUUAUUUCUAGUUUGGUGGCUGAGUUUUUCCAAUUCCAUUGUUCCUGUGGUAUAAUUGGAUCAAAGAAAUGAAGUUAUUAUACAUUCACACCAGUGAAAAUAGUGCAUUGGUCAUUCAUCUCUUCCUCAGUGCAUAAACGUGGAUUGUCAGUUGUCAGAUUUGCAGGAUAAUAGGAAUUUAGAUUUGAACAAGGCUCCUUUAGGCAAAAUCACUGCUGUGUGGCUUAUUAAUUUGCAAGAUUUCUCUUUAUUGUACAGAUCAUACUGCCUAUCAUUGUUGUGUACAUAGAUCUGUUUUCACCUAUUGGACUGGUCUUGUUAAGUCUUUUCAUUUUCAUUUUGGAUGAGUUUCAAUUGGUGACUGAUUGGAAGUGUAUGGAAUGACCAAUUAGAUCUGUACCCUUGUGUUCAAGUUUAUCCACUAUUUGCAGCUUUAGCUUCCAAAACA